GGACACUACACCAUCGGCAAAGAGAUCAUCGACAUAGUGCUGGACAGGAUCCGCAAACUGUCUGACCAGUGCACCGGCCUUCAGGGUUUCCUGGUUUUCCACAGCUUCGGAGGUGGCACCGGCUCUGGUUUCACCUCUCUGCUGAUGGAGCGUCUGUCUGUCGACUAUGGCAAGAAGUCCAAGCUGGAGUUCUCCAUCUACCCAGCUCCCCAGGUGUCCACUGCUGUGGUAGAGCCGUACAACGCCAUCCUGACCACCCACACCACCCUGGAGCACUCUGACUGUGCCUUCAUGGUAGAUAACGAGGCCAUCUACGAUAUCUGCCGUAGAAACCUCGAUAUCGAUCGUCCCUCUUACACCAACCUGAACAGGUUAAUCAGUCAGAUUGUGUCCUCCAUCACUGCUUCCCUUCGUUUCGACGGCGCCCUCAACGUUGAUCUGACAGAGUUCCAGACCAACUUGGUGCCAUAUCCCCGUAUCCACUUCCCUCUGGCCACCUAUGCCCCCGUAAUCUCUGCUGAGAAAGCUUACCAUGAGCAGUUAACGGUAUCCGAAAUCACCAACUCCUGCUUUGAACCAGCCAAUCAGAUGGUAAAAUGUGACCCUCGCCACGGCAAAUACAUGGCUUGUUGCCUUUUGUAUCGUGGUGAUGUGGUGCCCAAAGAUGUUAAUGCUGCCAUUGCCACCAUCAAAACCAAGCGCUCCAUCCAGUUUGUGGACUGGUGCCCCACUGGUUUCAAGGUUGGCAUCAACUACCAGCCCCCCACUGUGGUUCCUGGUGGAGACCUGGCCAAGGUCCAGAGGGCCGUGUGCAUGCUGAGCAACACCACUGCUAUUGCAGAGGCCUGGGCUCGGCUUGACCACAAGUUUGAUCUGAUGUACGCUAAGCGUGCCUUUGUUCACUGGUAUGUGGGAGAGGGUAUGGAGGAGGGAGAGUUCUCUGAGGCCAGAGAGGACAUGGCAGCUCUGGAGAAG